AGGUUGAUAAACUUCUGCCCACUAUCUCUAUACACGUGACUGGUAAUAUUCUCAAUGUUACCGCAAUUUUGCGGGGUCCUUUGCCAAGCCCAAAUGGUAUUGUACAUAGUACAAAGUACAUCGUUCUAAGGUUCCUGCGCUAGUAAUCCCUGCAAAAAAGUUUAGACGACUUUGCUGCCUCUAAAUCUUCCUACUCGACUUUUCCAAGUUAGUCAAGUUAUUCUUAACAAAACUCAUCAUUGAGAUUUGAUACCAUAAUUGUCCGAUAAUUAAGGCGAUUUUUAAUUUUUAACAUAUUUCUACAACUGCCACUGCCAUUGUCUUCUAUUGAAAUGUUUGCGGUACCAGGUUGGUCCGUGUCUGCGGACGCUCUCAAAUCCGAGAGUACCAUAGCGGCUCCAAAAGCGGCUCAAGAUGAAUCUCAGCAGUCAAACAAGCGCAAGAGACCUUCGUCCACACCAGGAGGAAAUGUGAAUUCAUCUAAUGUUGCGGAUCUCUGGGAACGGAUUAUCGAGGGAAGGUCGGGGAAGAAGGCUAAACCUGAUAAUGACCAGAGUGGUGAAACCCCAGAAGGCAGGCCCAGAUAUGGCAAGAAGAUGACUUUAAAAGAGAAGAAGAAACUGAAGAAGUUAAGGGAGAAGGAAGCGAGCCAAAAUGGCGUGGAAGGCGCUGAACCGGUUACUGGAAAUGACAACAAGCCAACCUCAGAGUCACCUGAUGCCACAUUAAGCAAGGAGGCAAAGAAGGACAAGAAAAAGAAAUCCAGAGACGAAAAGGAAAGCAGCGACAGCAAAAAGCCCAAUGAAAAAGACAGCAGCAAAGUCUCUGCUCCCGCCGCUGCCGCCGCCGCCGCAGCACCGAAACUAACGCCCAUGCAAGCCGCAAUGAGGGAAAAGCUCGUGUCCGCGCGGUUCCGCCACCUCAACGAAACGCUAUACACCAAGCCCUCAGCCGACGCGUUCCAGCUGUUCCAAGACUCGCCCGAGAUGUUCCAGGAGUACCACGAGGGGUUCCGGCGCCAGGUCGACGUCUGGCCCGAGAACCCGGUCGAAGGGUACAUCAAGGACAUCAAGCUGCGGGGGCGGCAGAAGCCUCCCCAGCGCUCCAAGCACAGCCACUCUGCUGCCCCUCCUCCCGCGCCUAUCAGCUCCUCCAGCGUGACAGCCCUGCCGCGCACCAAUAGCGUGUGCACGAUUGCCGAUCUAGGCUGCGGAGACGCCAAGCUCGCUGAGGCUCUGCAGUCCGAGAAGAAGAAGCUGCGACUUGAGAUCCUUAGCUACGAUCUGCAGAGCCCGAGCCCGCUGGUUACGCGCGCCGACAUUGCGAACCUACCGCUUGCCGAUGGCGCCGCCGACGUUGUCAUCUUCUGUCUCGCGCUUAUGGGCACUAACUGGCUCGACUUCAUCGAGGAAGCCUACCGUAUCUUGCACUGGAAGGGCGAACUAUGGGUUGCCGAGAUCAAGAGCCGGUUUGGGCUUGUGGGCAAGAGCAAGGGUAAGAACGGGGCGCCGGUUACCCACAGCGUAGGAAAUAGGAGAAAGGCCCAGGGGAAGAAGGGAAAAGUACGGGAUGCGGAGGGGCCUGAGGGAGAAGAGGACGAGACGGCGUUGGCAGUCGAGGUGGAUGGUGCGGAUGACAAGCGUGAAGAAACCGACGUUUCUGCGUUUGUCGAGGCACUACGGAAGAGGGGUUUCGUUCUGCAGGGUGCAGCCGACUUAAGGAACAAGAUGUUUGUCAAGAUGCACUUCAUUAAGGCAGCAUCGCCGACCGUUGGCAAGGGCGCUGUUGCUCCUAAGGAGCCUACGCGCGGCUCUGGGCCCAAAAAGAGCGGCGUCAAGUUCAUCGACACAGAAGGAGACCAAAAUACAGCGGAUGAGAGCUCUAUUUUAAAGCCCUGCGUCUAUAAGCUGCGAUAAAAGGGGCAAGCUAUCUGUUAUCCAUACACAUGCCAUCCAUUACCUACGCACAUCAGGCAGAACCGUAACUUUCUAAUCCGUAAUAGACCUUGAUUCGAAGCACGCCCUAUUAAUUUGUUCCAACUUAGGCGUACAUACACGUCGUGGUUGACGAACCUCUCUAAUGCCUUCGGGCUGCGUGC